CAGUCAUCCAUGGUGCUAGUGUACGUGGUUAUGCGCUGGCCCUUGUUACUCUUACUUGAAAUCCAAAAUAUGACUAUUUGUGAUUAGUGUAGUCCAACUUAAGCCUAAUCUAACACCGAAUUCAACUAAUUCUAUUUAUUGCUCUUCACUCACGCACCAAAAUAUUUUUCUACCUUCAUCAGUUUACCCGAUAAAUACUAGGAAAUUUAACUUAAUUGAUACGUAGAUAGUGAAGCUAAAUGGCAGUUACUGGGCUGCAUUGCUGGAAAAAGUUGGCGGUGUUGCUGCUAGCGGUGGUUGUUCAGGCACGGGAACGAUGCACGGGAUUAGACUACCACACAGGCGACCUCUCGCCUGCCGCCAACUCCGAGUUUUGCGCCAUUCUUCUUGGCAACACUGACUGUAAUUUUCAGUGUGUGGCGCAGAACGUACUGGUCGCGGAGGACAGGCUCUCGGGCAGGCCGCUGGUGGUGACUUCAGCACGUCGGCUGCUGCUGCACCCCACGUGUGUCAGCUGGAUCUUGGUCCGCAGCUCUGCCAGGGUCUCCACAGGCAGAGGAUCACUAGCGUAUCAACACUGCAGGUACUGGUUGAGAAUAAAAGAUUCCGAGGCCACGACGCUGGACUUCGGUAUAAUUGAUCUCUCUGUAGAGAACUCGGACAUCGCAUCAAUAAACUUGCCUGAGCUUCGUCAAUUGCUCAUCGACAACUCAACAGUAACAGCUAUCGACAGGGCAGAAAUAAGAGUCUAUCCAAGUGUCAUACAAAAUUCUUUUAUUCAAGACAUUUUCUUCGUGAAUAUCUCGGUAGCGAGCUUCACGAUUUCCAACUCGACAAUUGGCACCAUCGGGCCACAAAGCAUAAUUUUCAAUGGAUAUAACUUGAUAUUCGAGAAUGUGUUCAUUAGAAAUAUCAAGUUCAAAGGCAUCAACAUGCUUUCGGGACUAUUAAUUAUGCGAAACUGUACAAUUGGUUCAGCAGAAAUUAACUCCAUCGUGACCUUAGAAUCUAAAAUCAAAUUAGAAAAUGUAAACAUUCUGAGCAUGGAAAAGCCCGGCUUCGCUCUGCAAUCUGCCCAGGAAGUAUCAAUUUCUGAUUUAACGAUAUCAGGGCAGAUUGUCACGUUAGAGUCAAGCUACUUUAGUUUUCACGACGGCUCCAGGUACGAAGAAGGCGAGGAUGUAACAAAAGAAGCCGUAAUUACUGGCUUCACUAAUCAGUAUUGCAAUUUCCACUUCGGUGCUCUUCUCUGCGAUUUUGCUGGUGUGGACAAGCCCGUAGUAUUCGAGCGCAACGCGCUACCGCCUCAGUACUCCGUCACGAUUGCCAACGCAUCUUUACUGCGCGCGGUCGGCGACUUCAGUUGCGCCCACAUCCAAAUUGUCAACAGCAGCGGGCGAUUCAUAAGCCUAGUGAAUGCCACGUGUCUCUCGGGAGGCAAACUUUCCAUCAUUGGAUCACAGAUGACCACCAUAUCAACUAACACAGCGUCUUCCCUAACCAUCAGUUCAAGCACAAUUGUCUCCCUUCAGGCCGCGUCUGUCAAGAACCUCAAAGUUAUAAACUCGACCUUCCUGAGCGUGUACGACGUGAUUGUUAGCGAAGAGGCUUCAUGCAACCAAUCUCAUUUCCUUCAAGUAUCAUCUCUGAGACUAGCAGGAUCAGGCUGGAUCCUUGAUUGCAAGUUUGAUAAGAUCACAUCUUUGGAACUUGAUUCUGGGAGCGAAAACAUUCGCUUUUCCAACGCUGCCAUAAACUCCAUCUCACAGAAGCGCGGCAUUUGGAUCAGAAGCGGACUUACGACGAUGGAAAACGUAACGAUAUUCGAAGCAGAAGCGGCAGGCAUUUUUCUGGAGGUCGAUUCACGGCUAUCUCUGGAAAACGUUUUGUUCAAUAGAAGCGUGUUUGGAGCCAUCAGCGUUGAUAACGAAGAGCAAGUGUCGGUGUGGCCCAGUGGAGAGCCAGCACACGAGCUUCUCUUGGCCAUCCAACGGCGCACCGGCGAAGCAGGAGACGUCGCAGUUAAUCCAGACGCGUACGUGGCAGACGAUCAGCAGCCACACUGUUUCUUCAACGAAUCUGCGCUCAUCUGUGAUUAUUCGCAAGCUGAAAAUGCCGUUGUGGUGUCUUCGUCGAACGCCUCUACAGUGAUGAUGACCGACGCCAGGGAGAUCAUCAUACGGCCGACUGGUUCACAGUUUAUCGUCGUGAGUCGCGUACACGUCAUCACGGUUGACCACCGCCUCGAUGACUCCGACCUGACGCUCUACCUGAUCCUCUGCAGCCUCGACGUCUUCACGGCCGCCGUGCACUCGCUGGCCCUCGAGUCCUCGUCUCUGAACUCGCUGUCCGUGUCUCCUGACCACCAAAUCAUGUUGUUAGCUAUGAGAAACAGCACCGUACGGGAAAUUAUGGUGCUCGCCGAUCAAAUUAUGGUCAAUCAAGUGGAAAUAGGGCAAAUUCGGCUACUAUCCGGUGAUUAUAUCACAAUAGACAGCUCUUCAAUCGAGACUAUUCAUACAUCAGGGUUUGUUUUCCGGGUAGAAUGUUUCGUAAACAACUCUGUGAUGUACAGCAUUGAGGACGAUGGCUUUAUCAUCGAAGGUGAUGCCUACAUUACUGAUACAAACAUGACCGUGACUGGCCAGAAUCCCAUCGUGGUGCGAGAGUACGGUUCACUGAUCUUGCAAAACGUGAAUAUUCUCAGCAGUGAUACAAUCUGUCCCUUCCUGAUAUUAGGUCACAUUGAGCACAUUUCUGAGGUGACAAUUAAUCACAUCGUGAUUGAUUCUGUUGAAGAUUUUUUAAUUCAUUGUGAAAUUGUGGACGACCAGCACGGGCCUUCAGGGACAUCUGUUUGGGAUGAACGACUCUACGGACACCGACGCACAUUUUGGCUGGGGCUCUUGGCUGGCGUUCUGACGUCCAUGUUCCUUGUAGUUCUGCUGAUUUUCUCCGUUAAAUCUUACAAAUCGUGGAAACAAUCACAACUGCCUAAAACGUUGAUAACUUGGCGGAACUCAUCAGAAACGGUCAUCUACUCCGGACUGGCGCAGACUGAACCUGUGGAAGCUGUCCCCCUUGAUACAGAGAACGCAGGAGACACUGAGAAAACCAGACUCGUCCAGCCAGAAGAAGCUUAAUGAAUUUUUAGAUAAUCCAUAAUAAUUGAUAAUAACCUAGGACGACGGAAAGUUAGGUGUUGUGAUUAGCGCGGCAGAAAUCUUAACGUGACGGAUUUUAAGUCAAUGCAAGUUUAGUGAAUUUAAAACUAAUGCCUAAAGAGAUUAUUAUAACUGUCCAUGACGGCGGAAAGUUAGUUGUGGCGGUAAUGGUCACAGAAAUCUUUGCGUGGUUUAUGUUUAAAGCAAACAUGCUUGCACUUCGCUUCCUUCUAACCCGUCCUCAGUUUUUCUGUCAGAUAUUAUUUCCAACUUCCUUCUAGCAAGAAAAAAAGUUAAAUGUUUAAAAGUUAUAUGUUAAUUAAAUCUUUAAUUCGAAGCUGAAGCUGCGUGUAUUCAGACAAUACGUACUGUUAUGUAAUCCAUGAACAAAAGUAACGACCGCAUUUAAUUUUUCACCAACAUAUUGUAUCAAAUUGAAUAAAAUAUUAAUGGUAUAGUAACAUUUCAAUUAUCAUUCGUAUGUCGUCGUAAUAACCAACUUACAUGCAUUAACAGUUUUAAGUACUGUCAUUAUUGUAAUGAUUCUCACAAUUCAGUGCUUAUUGCUUGCAAUUAAAUAAGAGAACAUUCCCGCUCUUUACUAACCGACGAACGGAAUCAUUAAAAUCACCUAAUAAUGAAUAUGAUUGCGCUAAUUAAACUAACGAUGUACGAGCAAAACAUGAAGUCGGAUACCUCCUUAUCAGAGAUUUUACAUAACUCGUUUGCGUGUUUUGCAUUACUCAUUAGCAGCAUUGAGCUUUUUCCAAAUAAAAAAAACUUUUUUUGGCUCAACAAUGGAACAUUGAAGUCAACCCUUCAUCGAUGUACGAUGCAAAAAAGAUGGCUACUUGGUAACAUAUGUCAUCAGUGCAACGAUUACAAUUUUUAGUUUAGUUAUUCAUUUAAAUCAUUGUGUUUCUUUAUUGUAACAAUGUUGAUGCAAAAGUAUUCUCGUGCUGUUAUUUUUCUUCACUUUUUUAUGACAACGUCCAUACGUCGUGAGAUAUAUCGUAAUUUUAUUAUAUUAUCCUAC